UAAAUGUAAACUGAAUGUUGUCAGGGAUUAAAAUAACGGUUCCUAUAUCUCUGACUUAUUUUCUCUGUUAGGCAUUUGAGUUUUAGGAUCAGAGGAAACAGAAACAUUCUGUGGAACUAAGUAAUGACUCCUACAUGAAAUAGGGAAAUAGUAAUUAGUUUUCUUGAGGAAAAACAUGUAGUGCCGGUUUUAAAGAACUACCGUUUUACUUUAUUACAUGUUUUGAGGAAAACAACAGUUUAAUCAUCUUUAAAUAUUUUAGGGUUUAGUAUGGAUGUUCUUGUUACAUAAAUCAUGUAAGCCAGGGUUAAAAUAUGAAGGAUCAAGUCACUGUCUGUAAAUUUUCUGCAUUGGGUUCUCUCCUCUGUGAUAGCAAUUGCAGAGAAAUGGUCAAUUUUGUCGUGUUGCAGAAGCAGUCAUUAAUUUGAUAUUACACCAGUCCUUAUGGUUACAUUAUAGAACUGUCUCAGUGACUAUUUAAGACUCUGUAUUCCCUUGGUAGAUACUGAAUUAACAUAGUGGAAUUUUGUAUUGUAUAUUACUUAUAAUGUAGAAUGAUCAUGUUGAAUAUUUCUCUGUAUUCCUGUGUGGAGAUCAGAUCCAAAACUGGCUAGAUUGCAUAUCAGGAAGUGAAACACCCUGGAUUGAUGCCCUCUGUACCAGAACACAGCACACUGUGCUUUUAGGUCAGUCUGAAAUUUUAAAUUAUAAGGGCAUGCUUUAUCUUUUAUAGACAAUUCCUGAUGCUGUCUGUUUUUUUCUUUCUGUGCAGUGAUGCUGUUCAGUACUGCAGAAAGGCAACCUCAGACUGAAGCUAGCCUGUACCUGCUUCUGUCAGGCAGAAGAUACUGAACCAGUUCUGGAUUGAGGAAAGAUUUAAAUCCUUUGAGGUCUUGUAGAAAUUUGCCUGAUGCAUCCCCUUGAUGUAGUGAAAACAAGGUUCCAAAUUCAAAGAGGGAAAACUGAUCCAACCAGUUACAAGAGCCUGGGGGAUUGUUUUAGGACUAUUUUCCAACGAGAAGGAUUACUUGGCUUCUACAAAGGAAUACUUCCUCCUGUCUUGGCUGAGACACCUAAAAGGGCUGUGAAGUUUUUUACCUUUGAACAAUACAAGAAGCUGCUGGGAUAUGUGUCAUUGCCACCAGGACUGGCAUUUGCAGUUGCUGGCUUGGGCUCUGGGUUGACAGAGGCAGUUGUGGUUAACCCAUUUGAAGUGGUGAAGGUUACCUUACAGACCAAUCAGAGUGCCUUCACAGAGCAACCAUCUAGCUUUGUUCAAGCUCAGCAGAUCAUUAAAACUGGUGGUCUGGGCUCCCAAGGACUCAACAAAGGCCUUACUGCAACACUGGGCCGUCAUGGAGUUUUUAACAUGGUUUACUUUGGAUUCUACUUCAAUGUGAAAAACAUCCUUCCAGUCAAUAAAGAUCCAAAUUUGGAGUUUUUGAGGAAAUUUGGAAUCGGGCUAGUCUCGGGAACAAUAGCCUCAAUUAUUAACAUUCCUUUUGAUGUUGCAAAAAGUAGGAUUCAAGGACCACAGCCAGUUCCUGGAGAGAUCAAGUACAGAACCUGUUUUAAAACUAUGGCAACAGUCUAUAAAGAGGAAGGAUUUCUGGCUCUGUACAAAGGCUUGCUUCCCAAGAUCAUGAGGCUGGGUCCAGGUGGUGCAGUGAUGCUUUUGGUUUACGAAUACGUUUAUGCGUGGCUUCAGGACACAGUUCAUCACAAGUAGCACUUCUGAAAAAUGUGCUCUUUAAAAUUACAUGCAUUCUAAAAUACACUAUAAUAAAGCAAAAGUGAUUCUUAUCCUUUACAGUGUUGAAUACUCUGAGAUUGCACUGAUGUUAAUACAAGUUCCAAACAAAUAUGCUUUCUAGAUCCUGAUCCAAGAAAACAUUUAAGUACAUGCUUUUCUGCAAAUGCAUAAUUAAAUAUCGUUUGGCUUUUGUAAUUGUUUUGCUGGAUCAAGAGAAAAUAUAAAGCAGACAUAAGACAGUGAGUUUGUCAAGGACAAACUGAAAUUUCUUGACACAGAAUCAUUCUAUGUAAUGAUGUACUUUUAAAAAAAUUUCAGCUGAAAUGGCGAGAUAAAAACUUUCAGGGUAUUUUAAAGGAAAAAGUAGAAUAAUCCUAGGGGGGCAGAUGCUAAGCUAAUGUAAACUGACAGCUCCAUUGGCUCCACAUUAAGAAAAUUAUCCAUACUCUGCAACCCUUCAGUCAGUCUUGGGUCCAGUUUCAAUUCAGCCCAGUAUGGUUUCAGCAUUCAUGGAAGACCUUUUCAAGUUCUUGGGAGUUUGGAUAGAAAAGGACAGCACAAGUAGCCACAGCCUUAAAAAACAUGCAUACUGCUAAAUAUCCAACUUGUUCUUAGCCAUAUAUACGAUAUAAAUCUCAUUCAGAUUGUAGAAGAUACUGAAAGAAAUUAGUAUGCAUCAAGUUACAUAAAAAAGCAAACUAACAUGGGAUUCAUAGAAUAAAUGAGUAUAUAAAUUAAUAGAAAAAAGUAAUUUUAGGCAUAUGAGAUUUUACUGCAAAUUCUUAUCCACUUUGAUAUACUAUUCCAAAAGAGCUGUCCUGUGAUAAAAAUGCUCAGUGCACCUUGACCUUUAACCUUCCAUUUCCACCAUGGAAUGGUGAAACAAAGUUGUAGACUUUGUAGACAUCUGCAGUUGUAAUUAGCUAGUCAUGCACCUUUCUGUAGAUAAAAAAAGUUGCUCUGAAGCUAACAUUUAAUAUAAAUACACUGUAAAUAUAAAUAUUCCAGGGAUGUACUUGUGUUCUUACUAGCCAUUCUAACUCCAUGAAAUACAGUAAAUUCUGUUAUGCUGAUUGCAGACACAGUUUCUGUUCGUGCAGUUGUGCCAUUCUACAUUUUCUUUUGAAAAUCUCUUUAAAUAAUUUAAAAUCACACAUUAUUCUGUUAUAAAAAUGUCUCCAUUAUCUAACUUGAUUUGUUGUCAAAUGAACAUAUAUCUUGCAAUUGCUGAAAGUUUCAGUAUCUCCCCAUACUACAUUCACUCUGUUAACAAUAAGGUCCUUCCUCUGAAGGAGGUACAAAUGUUUUCCUCAGCAAUCCUAAAGAAGUAUCUUUCUGCAUUGUUAUUUGAAAAUGGCAUUUCACGUGUGAAGUCUCAUUUUCACAAGUGUUUUUAAUGCAUUGGAAAAGCAAAAAAUAGAAAAAAAUAAAACUUAAAAAAAAUAAAAAUGAAAAUCUAAAAAUAGAAAUGUGUUUUCAGCACUUUCAAGGAUGCCUGUAUUAACGUGCUCAAUAAGCCUUUCUUUUGUCUGAAUUUGGCAACGGUGGCUUUUCAUACAUAUGCUAUUUCAUAGCUAAAAUCAAUAAAAUUAGCUCUGUUAAAGUUUAUGGUUUUAA